AUGCGGCCGGUGCCUGAGCUCUUGGACAAGAUCGCCGAGACGAUGUUGAAGUACCAGAUCCCCAAAGACCUCACCAAGAUCCUACCAGACAUUGGCCCCAGUGAUGGGCCGAUGCCGGCUGAGGUGGACGCUAUCGUGGUGGGUGCUGGCCUGGCGGGGGUGACUGCCGCCAGGGCCAUGGUGGAAGCUGGUAGGGAUGUGCUGGUCUUCGACAGAUACGCCCAGAUCGGCGGGAUCUGGACGUACUAUGCGAACCAGUUCUCCAGGGUGAACACCUCCGAGGUUGGGUAUCGCUUGGUGAACCAAGAGGGACCCGGAGCUAGGCCCAAUGAGGACCACUCGCCCACCCACGACAUCAUGCGUGACCUGUUCACGGUUGCGGCCAAGUUCGCCUUCGGCAAGUUCCGCCUGUGCACCGAGGUCGUAAAGGUGGACUCGCGACCUGACAAGUCCUAUGACGUGCACUGGAAGAACCUGACAACGGGCGAAUCUGGCCAGACGCACUGCAAGAGCAUUUGCUUCCACACGAACCGCCGAAUUGGCAAGAGAAGGGACGUGGAAUGGCCUGGCCGGGAGAAGUUUCGAGGGGAAUGUGUGUAUGGCUACGCCAACGAGGUGCUGCCACUGACGUUCUGGGGCAAACACGUCAUUGUUGUUGGAGCUGGCGCUUUUGCGUACGAGAACCUGCGUACUGCGAUCGAGCAUGGGGCAAAGCAUGUGACCAUGCUAGGGCGGCGAGCCGGGACCACCUGCCCCAAAUGGAUCGAUGUGAUCGCCUUUCUGCGCCCGAUGGAUGAGCACUACAACACUGGCAAGUCGGGGAACAUGAUCAGCUUCGAUGCCUGGAAGAAGUGCUAUGAGGAUGCGGGUUUGCCAACACCUGAGUGUUGGGCUGAAGGCCUGCUGAAGCCGCACAAUCACACGAUUUCGGUGUCAGAUCUCGCCUUCAUCGCCGGCUACCACGGGCUAGCAACUCUGAGGGUUGGCGAGAUCAAGGAAUUCCGGAACGACGGGCACGGGGUGGUCCUCAAGGAUGGUAGCAAGCUGGACUGUGACAUCAUCAUUAAGGCAACGGGCUUCCUCCUGAACGACGAGGUCCCGAAGAUCUCCGGUCGAAGGAACAUCCACUCCUUUGAUGUGCUGGACUUCAACAUGGCGUAUGGCGCGGAGCCGUUGCUGGAUGGUGCACAAUUCGGCAGUGCCAAAGGCCGCAUUGCCGAAGAAGAGCAAGUCAGCGAGGAGGCCUUGUAUCAGGGAAUUCUUCAAAUGCAGAGGACGGGGCUGCCCGACAUCUCGCAGCGUAACAACCCUUUUGGAUCCGGCUACGCCGGGCCCAUGUACGUAUCAGCGUGGUUCUUCAAGUGGCUGGUGUUGCACCCGGAGUUCCAGGAGGACUUGUUGAAAGCCUGCGGAAAUCCAGCCCAAGAUGCCGUCAGAAUGUGGGCGAGCAGUAUCGGGGUGAACCGGCAAAAUAUCACCAAGAAGCUCGUGGUGGAUCUUGGCGCCAUGGGCGCCUCGCAACUCACCUUCAAGACGGAAGCGGAUGCCGAUCGAAAGCUCUACGGAGAACGCUGGGUGGACAUCAUCGGCAACGCCCGGCAGCGGAGGGCAGCGCUGGAUCGGAUACUCGACGUGGCCAACUACGUGCGGGACGAGGAUGGAAAGGUUCUGAAGGAUGGCGCAUCGGUGCCAGCUCCCGGUGCUGGGGAAGCGCUGAUCCUGCAGAUCAGCUGCAACGAAGUGGGCCGCGUGCUUGGGCGUGGCGGGGAGACCAUUCGAAGACUCGAGGAGCGGCGCUCGGUCGUGUGA